AUGGCUGCAGUGGACACAAUUGAUUACGACUAUUCGCACUAUUUUUGGGGUGAAAAACACCUUGGUUUCCAUGUGCUGUACGAGAACAUGAAACAUGGCGAAGAAACAGUGAAUGAAAUUGGGCAAUUCAUUAAGGAGCGUUUGGCAAUGGAAGAAGAGUAUGGGAAAAUGUUCACGAAAAGCAUAAAUCGGCGAUUAUUACGAAUGGGAACUUUGCAUUACGCCCUCGUCGGGGUCAUUGUUUAG